UGAAGAUUUGAGGUCGGUGGCGGUACGUGGAGGUUCGUGGGCCGCGAGUUCACUGGUACGUGGAGCAAACGCGCAUGGUAUCGGUCACCACACAACGCCGGGGAGGGAGGGGGAAAGAGUCAAGAACAGUGCAAGGACGCAAAGGAGAAGGCAAUGUGAUCUUGAAGUCCCACCAUCCCUCACUCGACUGUGUAUAAAGGAGAUCAUAAAUUUCGUGUGAGAUCAACCGAAGAGCAGUAAUAUGCAUCGCAACCUCGAUUAGGCUUCACUUCCGCUUCUUGUUUUGGCACAGGCAGUAAUGGGAGAUUGGAGAAUCCGGUUGUCUCUGUGAGGUUGAAGGCUUACACGGCUUUGAGAAGAACAAUACUGGCACGGUCGAGCAAAUGCCGGUCCCUCUUGCUCCGUAUCCCACACCUCCAGCUCCAUUAGCACCACCAAAUGGUGGGCAGAGCCAACUUGUUUGUUCUGGCUGUAGAAAUCUCCUUCUCUAUCCACAAGGGGCGAAAUCAGUAUGCUGUGCUGUUUGCAGAGCAGUGACCACUGUACCUCCUCCUGGUAAUCUCAUCUUUUCCUCAUCACCGAGCAGCUUAUCUUGCACAGCACAUAGUGAGAGAUCAGGAAGCCUUACGGGCCUCCUCAACGAUCGAUUCCUGCUUUGCAAUGUCCACUCUGAGCAGAUGUUUGAGUUUGCUGCAGGGACAGAAAUGGCACAGUUGAUCUGUGGAGGAUGCCACACGCUACUGAUGUAUAUACGAGGAGCAAGCAGCGUUCAGUGUUCUUGCUGUCACACGGUAAAUCUGGCUCUGGAAGCAAAUCAGGUAGCACAUGUGAAUUGUGGGAACUGCCAAAUGCUGCUGAUGUAUCAAUAUGGAGCAAGAUCAGUGAAAUGUGCAGUCUGCAACUUUGUCACUUCCAUUGGGGCUUCUCCAAGCACUGAGCAAAAAGCCUAGCAUUUGAGUACCUUGAAUCACAGAGCUUCUUCCAUCUCUUAUGCCAAGCUGUCUUGUGACACCAAAUGUAUAGAGCUUCUUCUCUAGGCUAAUCCUUCCUUUUGGCAUGUCUAAGGUGUGAAGGUCAUCAUGGAGAGCAUGUCCUCAACUGAGCUUGGAUGGCUAAUAUUUUCUUCUUCUGUCUUGUGUCAACUGUACUUUAUGAUGACAUGAUUUGCAUCUCUGUGUCAAAAUGUUGCAGAAGAUUAUUCAAAGGUUGUUAUUGCAUACCUUAAA